GUGCAGUGUUGCCUCGCCCAAAGAAGACUACAAUCUCCAGGGAAACCUGGGGUAUCUCGCGCAAACGUCCAUAACUGAAAGUGGCUAAGGCAUCCCAGCCGGAGGAAGUGAGCUCUCCUGGGGCGUGGUUGUUCGUGAUCCUUGCAUCUGUUACUUAGGGUCAAGGCUUGGGUCUUGCCCCGCAGACCCUUGGGACGACCCGGCCCCAGCGCAGCUAUGAACCUGGAGCGAGUGUCCAAUGAGGAGAAGUUGAACCUGUGCCGGAAGUACUACCUGGGGGGGUUUGCUUUCCUGCCUUUUCUCUGGUUGGUCAACAUCUUCUGGUUCUUCCGAGAGGCCUUCCUUGUCCCAGCCUACACAGAACAGAGCCAAAUCAAAGGCUAUGUCUGGCGCUCAGCUGUGGGCUUCCUCUUCUGGGUGAUAGUGCUCACCUCCUGGAUCACCAUCUUCCAGAUCUACCGGCCCCGCUGGGGUGCCCUUGGGGACUACCUCUCCUUCACCAUACCCCUGGGCACUCCCUGACAACUUCUGCACAGACUGGGGCCCUGCUCAUUCUCCCAGGACAGGCUCCUUAGAGCAGAGGAGCCUGUCCUGGGAGCCUCUUCUCAAACUCCUAAGACUUGUUUUCAUGUCCCAUGUUCUCUGCUGACAUCCCCUAAUAAAGGACCCUAACUUUC